AUGUGUAGCCCUCUACCAAGUAUAACAGUAAGAGAAGAUGCUGAACAGGCUUCCAAGAGAAUAUUUGAAGUUCAAUUUAGUUCACUUGCUUUAACUCCAUUUUAUUCUGCCUCUAGUACUCACUCUUCCUGGAAUUUCAGAAACUGUCUCGAUUGGCCAUCUGUUAUUCCAUUCUUAAAGCGAACCCAUUACCGCAAACUGUCUAGUGUUGGCUACUGGUCCUCAUUUGCUGGUAUACAAGUCUAG